AUGGUUUAUUGUGGAAAGGCAUCUCAGGGUUGUCAAAGCUGUCGAACUAGACGGAUCAAGUGCGAUAAACUCAAACCCGAAUGCUCACAAUGUCGUCGUGUGAGCAAGAAGUGCCCGGGUUAUCGGGAUCAGCUCUCGUUGAUGUUCCGGGAUGAGAGCAGCAAGGUCAUGCAAAAGGCACAUGCCCAAUGGGGCGCUGAGCCAUCUUCUGCAGUCCCUGGAAGUAGCAGUAAUGCUGAUCCCGGCUCGGCCACUCCUGUGGGUGCCUCAAUGGCUUCAUCCCCACCCGUCGCUAGUUCUCCAAGUGGCUCAGACUCAGCUUCAUCCCCCAACUACAGCGUCAAGCCUUUGUCGGCUGGGCCGGCUAGAGGGAGGCGGCCAGGGCAGUCAUGGAGUCCGCAAAAUGGCCAGCAGGGACUGGUACCUAGGGCUGCGACCUGGCCGACGCCACGGCCUCAGCACAUCGGUGCUACAUGGCAGGACAAGGGCGUCCAGUUCUUCAUCGAUCACUAUGUCCUUGGCCUACCGGACGAAGCUUCGGAUAUUACGGGCCUCAGGAGCCAGCCUUGGGUUUUCCAGCACACUCUCCAGCAGUCCAUGGCCGCAGUAGGCCUGGCUGGCCUGGCCAACUUGCGAAACAGCAAGGAGUUGUCGGCCACGGCCCGCCAGAUGUACGGAAACGCGUUGCGCGAUACGGGUAAAGUCUUGGCUAGAGUGCAAGACGAGCCGAUAGAUUUUCUGAUUCGUAAUGUGCUCAUGCUCGCCAUGUUCGAGAUCGUCAAUGGCAGCGAUCCAGAUAUGAGCACAGGGGCCCGAACACAUAUGAUAGGGGCCGCCGCGCUAUUGCGGAGUUUCUUCCCUAUCCGCAACGGAGCGGCCAUGGGAUUAAGAGGUCUACUCCAACUUUGCUACGCUUUGCUCCUCUCAUGCGCCGUCGCAGAUAUCUCGCUACCGCCUGCCUUUGCCGACUGGGUCAGUCUCUCAUGCAAGGUGAUGCCGAAAGAAGAAUGGCCAUCAACACAGCUUCUCCCGAUCGUGAUGCAACUUGUCACGUUGUCGCGCGAGAUGAGGGGCAAAUACCUACCAGAUCAAGCCCACGGCGAAGCGCACGACGUUUUGAAACGGCUGAACAAUAUGGACGCUCAGAUGGAGCGAUGGGAGGCUUCCAUCGGUGGCAAGUGGACAUACCAGGUCGGCCAAUCGGACUUUGCGCCAGAAGCGUGCUUCCGGGGCCUAUAUCAUACCUAUGCCGAUAACUGGACCGCCAGGAUAUGGAACUAUUACCGUUGGGCCCGGUUGUUGGCGUGCUCGAUGCUCCUGCAAAUCUCGGAGAAGAACCCGCGAGCGGCGCACAGUGCACUAGCGGCGACAGAAGAAGAUUUGGAAGCACGUAAGAAGGAAGCAGGGAAGACCAUCGUCCGUAUGGCACAUGAUAUACUCGUGAGCGUUCCAACACAUUGGAAGCACCCAAAACUUACAGUGAAGCAGAGGGAUCUGCUCAGAUGCGUCGGCGGUGCCGGUACUGGAGCCGCAGGCGUCCCGGGACUUUUGUUCCAUAUUGAUGUUGCCGCGUCGGCGCCGGGAGUCCCUCCCGAGUUUGCCGAUUGGGGACUAGGAAUUCUCGAUACCGUAUGGUCUGAAAUGGGAAUGAUACACGCCAAGAGGCUGGCCGACAGUCUGCGGAAGCGCAGUGAGAGAGUUGCCGAGGACGGUCCAAAUAUGACCGGACUUGAUGUGGUCAUUGACGACAGCCCACUGCUGCUGGUGAGGCGUAUCAAAGAGGAAGAUGUCGACGGGUGGGAUCACGUCCGGCCCUUCAACGAUAAUGGGGAUGUGAACAACGGCACGACAGGCCACGGAAGCGGACACGAAGAGGUUGGCAACCCAGCGCAAAUGAAAGUGGAGGGUGGUAAAGCACUGGCAGUCUAA